AUGCCUCUACUUCCCUCCAUUCCGUAUCCGCCCUCUGGCGUUGGAUAUUGGGACCCUGUUACCUCGACCUUGAACUGGUGCGAGGAAGAUUACUAUGCUACCAUCUACUCCGCCGAGAUCGUCAAUACCCUAACAAACCUACUGUUCAUGGCCUUGGGAGUAAAGGGCAUCCAGAGCUGUCGGCGCAACGGGCACGAUACAAUAUUCCAGGUGGCAUAUUAUGGCUACAUUAUCGUUGGAACAGGCAGCUUUCUCUUCCACUCGACACUCAAAUACCCAAUGCAGCUCGUCGACGAACUCUCUAUGAUCUACACCACAUGCCUAAUGUGCUACGCCUCCUUCUCCUACUCCCGCUCAACAACCUACCGCGUCCUCCUCGGCGUGUUCCUUACCUCCCUAGCGAUCUUCAUAACCCUAUACUAUCACUACCUGCAAGAUCCGCUCUUUCACCAGAACGCCUACGCCCUCCUCACAGCAAUCGUCCUCAUCCAAAGCAUGUACACCAUGGAAGUGAAGUUGAGGCCGUCAUGGCGCCAUUCAACUGAAGAAGACAGACUCGAGCGGCAGAGGAAGGGCCUCCCUGUCCUCUCGAAGGAACGUCAACACUAUGAGAACGUGCGCGACUUAAAGACACUCAAGACAAUGUGGCUUAUGGUUGGGUAUGGGCUGAGUGUCUUCCUUGGAGGGUUUGCUAUCUGGAAUCUGGACAACUUCUUUUGCAGUACGGUACGAAGGUGGCGAAGGGAUAUUGGCCUUCCUUGGGGGAUUCUGCUGGAAGGGCACGGUUGGUGGCAUAUCAUGACCGGUACCGGCGCGUACCUUUACAUCGUCUGGGGCAUCUGGCUGCGCCACUGCCUGAACGACCGGCAAGAAGAGUACCACCUGUGGUGGCCGCGUAUCUGGAACAUCCCCGAGAUUGUGCGAACGUCAAGCACGGCAAACGGCUCCGCUAAGAAGCUGCAGUGA